AUGAUUCUGCCCAUUGUGGGUGUCUGUCGAGAGGAUAAUAGACCUACCGGAAAAGAUCAUCGCCGCCACACCGCUGCUCGAGUUGUUGUCCACAGUAGUCGCUUCCAAUCAGUGGUUACUCUGUCCGGCAUUCAGCGAGGUUGCAUUCUGACUCUUGUCCUUCGGCUGGACUCUCGACGGGGGUUUCACGUGGUUUUGGCGGUGUUGAACUUACAUUCGGAACCGAACGUCCUUACUUGUACUUUUUGCGGCUGUGAUCUAGCCGGCCUCGAUGAUGUCCCUUACGGCGCUUCUCCAAGCGUGACGAUCCAUAGCAGCGGACCUGGACAGUUCGAGCCAUUGUCUUCGCCAGCGCCGGAGACCGAAUACCGAAGGUGCAAGAACCACUUCCAUGUCCUGACGGACUGUGUCGAGCCGGACUUUGAGCUGACCCCCACUUCGACGUUUCCAAUUGAGGUUGAUCCGAAUCCUUCUUCUUAUUGCCGGCAUCGAGCCCAAUCCGCAACCUGCACAAGGAUCUGUCAGAUGGUUCUGUUCCACCUGCGCCAAACAGAUCUUCCCAAAGUUGAAAAAAUUCCCAUUAGAUAA